CAAAUGUCACUGUCAUAAGCUGGCCCGGGAUUUUGCGCCAAAACGUAAAAUCUUGUUGUUUUGUUGAAUUGAAAGAAUGAUUUUUCUGUAAAAUAUCACAAAAUGUCAAAACGUAACAGUGUAGGUGCUUCAAACACCCUAUUCAACUAUUUCUCUAAAACACCGCCUACGAAUAAAAAGGUAAAAUCAGAGGUUGAGGUUGAUAAAAGUCCGAAGGUAAACUCUUCGGUUCAAAACGGCGACAAAGAAAAGGUUGAAAAGAAAAAGCGUGAAAGACAAGCUACACCAUCCCCUGAGGUUAAAAGAAAUAGCGACAGUGAAGAUGAAGUGCCCGUUGCUUCCAAACGCAGGAAGAGAAUCCGGCUCAACCCGGUGGACUCUGAUGAUUCCGAUGUCGAGAACCAAGCAGAUAACAAAAUGGAUACAUCUGAAGUUGAGAAGCCAUCUAUGGAGAAGAAACUGCAGGAUAGCUUCAAAUAUGAACCAAACCAGUCACCUAAGGCUAAAAAGCCAAGCAAACCAGCCACCAAAUCUUCAACUAGUGAUAAACCUACAACGUCACCCCCAAAACCAGUAGAAGAAAAACCCGUAUCAGCUGAUGAGGACAACUGGACUCAUUGUAAGUUGGAGUGGUUAAAACCUGAGAAAAUACGGGAUGCAAAGAAACGGAGACCAGAUCAUCCUGAGUAUGACCCUUCUACCUUGUUCGUGCCAUCUGAGUUUUAUAAGGAUCAGACUCCUGCUCACCGGCAAUGGUGGGAGAUGAAAUCCUCACACUUUGACUGUGUGCUGUUCUUUAAAGUGGGCAAGUUCUAUGAGCUGUACCACAUGGAUGCUGCUGUUGGCGUUAACGAACUCGGAUUCUCUUAUAUGAAGGGUGAAUUCGCACACUCUGGUUUCCCUGAGAGUGCAUACGGCAGAAUGGCGUCAACAUUAGUGUCGAAAGGAUACAAAGUCGCGCGAGUUGAACAGACUGAAACUCCUGACAUGAUGCAGGAAAGGUGCAGAAAGACGGGUAAGAACAGCAAAUGGGACAAAGUGGUUCGCCGCGAGAUCUGUCAGGUGACGAUGCGCGGUGCUCAGAUCUGCGGCCUGCAGGACAACGGGCCUGCUGAGCCUACCGCUGCAUACAUGAUGGCUAUUGCUGAAGAGGAAAGUAAUGGCAGCAGCACCUUUGGUAUAUGCUUUGUGGACACGUCAAUAGGUUUGUUCCAUUUGGGUCAGUUUCAAGAUGACAAGCAUUCUUCGAGGCUGCUCACUACUUUGGCGCAUUAUCCUCCAGCCCUGAUAAUCUACGACCGUAAAACAAGUCACCGAACCACAAAACUGCUCAGCACACAUUGCCACAGUGCCCGCAGGGAGGCACAGAACUUGUGGACACCAGACAAGACGUUGAAAAUAUUAGCCGAGAAGUAUUAUAGGACUAACGCGGAUGGCGAGUGGCCUGAGGGGAUUAGGCCGUUCCUGCAUGAAGGUGAUGCCUUAGGCCUAACUCCAGCGGCAAACUGUUUCCUAGCCAUCAAAGCUCUAGGCGGCGUAGUUAGCUGCCUCACCGACUGUCUGCUAGACAUACAAAUACUAGGCAUGAACCAGUUCACGUCAUACGCACCCCCCGACGUGCUAAACAAGACUUUAUCGCAAGAGGUUAAGGUUGAAAAUCGCUGGGAAGGCGGCAGUACCAUGGUGUUAGAUGCUAUUACUCUGAGGAAUCUAAGGAUUGUGCAGGAUGAAGGCUGUUUGUAUGAUCGAUUGAAUUUCUGUUCUACGCAUAUGGGGAAGAGAUUACUGUACCAAUGGGUUUGUGCACCAAGUUGCAAUCUAUCCGUGAUAAAGGAAAGACAAGAAGCUGUGAAGGCGUUGUUUGAUAACCAAGAACUGUGUCAGGAUGCUAAGAGUAUUCUUACUACUUUACCCGAUUUGGAAAGGCUGUUAGCUAAAGUACACGCUUUAGGCAGUCUAAAACGUUCAAAACAGCAUCCAGACGCUCGUGCCAUAUUCUAUGAAGAGAAAACUUACUCCAAACGGAAAGUUCUAGACUUUAUAUCCGUCCUUAACGGAUUCACGGCUGCUUUGAAACUGGUGGAGUUGUUCUCUGAUGCUGAUGCCAAGCUCUUGAAGAGAAUCAUGCAGUUCCACCCGGAUGGGAAGUAUCCGGAUUAUAGGGAGACUUUGAAGUUUUUUAAGGAGGCUUUUAACCAAGAAGAAGCGCAAAAAGAAGGUCGCAUACUUCCCGGGGAGGGAGUAGACCAGGAGUAUGACAAUACGCUACAACUUAUACAGGAGAUCGAAGCAGAGUUAAAGGAGUAUCUUAGUGGACAAGAAAAGUAUUUUAAAUGCCGGCUGUCGUAUUUCGGAACAGACAAGAAGAGGUAUCAGAUAGAAGUUCCCGAGAAGGCGGCGGCUAAGGCGGGUGCCGAUUACAACUUAGAAGGUGCCAGGAAAGGGUUCAAGAGAUUCUCUACUGCUGAGACGAAAGAUUUCCUAGCCCGCAUGAUAGCAGCCGAAGAACAGAAGACCAACGUGCUGAAAGACCUAAGCCGUCGAAUAUUCGAGAAGUUUUCUUCCCACUACAACCAAUGGGAGACGGCUGUACAAUGCUUGGCUAUGCUGGAUAUCUUGUUGGCUUUCACCGAGUUCGCGAGGCAGCAGAGCGGGGAUGUGUGUUUGCCUGAAGUCAUUUAUGAUGACGAACAGGAGCCAUACUUAAACAUAGUGGAAGGUCGUCACCCCUGUAUCCCCAACAUAGCAGACUUCAUCCCCAACGAUACGGAGCUGGGCCCGGAGUCAGGCCGGCUGCUGCUGCUGACGGGGCCCAACAUGGGCGGCAAGUCCACUCUCAUGCGCCAGGCGGGGCUCAUCACUGUGCUGGCUCAUCUAGGUAGCUACGUGCCAGCAGAACAAUGCAAGUUAAGCCUAGUAGACCGCAUAUUCACUCGUCUGGGAGCAUCAGAUGACAUCUUCUCGGGUCAGUCCACGUUCUUAGUGGAGAUGAACGAAACCGCCGCCAUAGUGACACACGCGACCGUACACUCGCUUGUAUUGUUGGAUGAAUUGGGUCGAGGCACAUCAACAUACGACGGCACGGCGAUAGCGUCGGGCGUGUGCGUGGAGCUGGCGUCGCGCGGCUGUCGCGUCAUCUUCUCCACGCACUACCACUCGCUCGUGCACCAUCUGUCCUCGCAUCCUGGCAUCAUGCUGGGCCAUAUGGCAUGCAUGGUAGAAACAGACGAGUCAACCCCGGACAGCGAGGACCAUAUUCCAGAGGAAACCAUCACAUUCCUUUACAAGUUGUCCCCGGGCGCCUGUCCCAAGUCCUACGGGUUUAACGCAGCCCGCCUCGCUGGAAUCCCCAAGGAAAUAACUCUAAGAGCCCAUCAAAUAUCCAAGAAUUUGGAAAAAGAGGCCACAUGUGUCCGUGCUUUUAGAGAUGUCGUUAAAAUGCAGAAUCCUACAGAUGUAAGGGCCAUGUUGGCUGCUCUCAGUAUUUAGUUCUAAGAGGUAUGUUAAUCUCCUUUUUUAUGAAACUAUUUUUUUAAGUUUGAUUACUUGGUUAGACUGUUGAAUGUCUCGAUAUUGUUGAAUUAAAAUAUAUGGUAUUUUUACAAGUCAAUAAGAAUGUAAACCUACCUCAAUCACCUUUAGUCAGAAAACGAAUUACUAUACAGUUUGAAUUUGUAACUGUUGAUCUUGACUUCAAUAAUUUCCUUUUGUGGUUUCUACAUAUAAUGAAAUUCUGAAUAUUGCAUAUUGCAGUGUAGUACAGCAAACUGCACGUAAGUGGUAACUGUCAUUCACCUUAACUCAAUAGUAAUAAGUUCGAUUUUCCUAUGAAACUAUUACUACUGACCUGAAGUUGACUGUACAAAGAUAAGUGAGAAAAUAGAAGUGUUAAUGUAUAAUUCGUUUAAGUAUACAUUUUUGCCAUUUUUUAACCAAAAAAAUUGUCCUAAUGAGAAUACUCAAAAUGUCAUUAUCUGUUUAGAAUCGAUGUUGCUUGUUGAUUAUACGUGAUUAUUUUUGUGAUCGAUCAUUAUUAUUAAGCGCCCGCCGUUAUUGCAUUUUUAUUAAACUAUCUUUUUAUGAAAAA